AUUUCGUUUAUCAUACGAGUUCAAGAACGAAAACACCAAAUCCUGGUUCAUGAAUAACCUCGGUAAACUCCUACGCGAGCGACUCAUGAUAAGGGUAGGAGGUGAAAUAGUAUACGACAAUAACGGUGAAAGUCUCAUCGAAGUCUACAAAGACCUCUGGAAGAUGGAUUCAAAAAGAGCAAACAUGGUAGAAUACGGAAUUAUGAACGAAAACACAAGAAAGAUGUUAUCGAAGGACGACAGUGCCGAUCAGACCGCAAAGGAGGACGGCGGUUAUGACCUGGUGAUGGCGAAGGUAUACAAAGAGCAGAAGAUGAAACUCGGAAAAAUUCUUAAUGAUCACGGUCCCUACGCACCGUACAACAUGAAGAGCGGAUUCGAGUACACGAUAACCCUUCCAAAAGCUGACAAGAUUAUGGUUGCACAGGCAAGCGAGAAGGUGGAAGGUUAUACACUGAAGAACAUACAUUUGGAAUACGAAACCAUCGAGAACGAAGAACUGGCUAAACGAGUAAACGAAGGAUACGAGACAGGUAGAUCCCUAUCCUAUGAACACAUAACACUGUUGAAAACAACAGUGUGGGCAAAGUCAAGUGGUGCUGCAAGGUUUAACGAAACCAUAGACGUUCCAAGGGAAAGCAUGAGGGCUGUGGUCCUACUUUUCAGAAAGAGGACGGUAACCGACAGCGAAGAAUACGUCUUCCCGGCUAUCGAAAAGGUAAAGGUCACAAUGGAUGGAAAACCAAAUGCUGUAUACAGCCAGGGACUAACAUACGAGAAUUUCUACGAUGAAGCAAAAAGACUGUUCGGAAUGGCCAACAACGCUUGUAAUGACGACAUAAACGUUAGGAAAUUCUACAAAGAUAAAUUCGCACUGGUAAUUGAUAUGAGGGCUGUUGAUGACAGUCGCACUGUUGGAAGUGGAAAAAGGAUCCUUGGCGACAAUCCCGGAAUUCUUCUAGAGAUCGAAACGGACACUAUUACCGAAGACUUCCUCUGUAACAUCUUUGUGCUAUCCGACGGACUCAUAAACAUCAGUGGAAAGACCCUUCAAGGCAUCAGCUAUUAA